UUCCAUUUGCUCCGACAGAAUUAAAAGUCCGAGCGAAGAUGGAGUCUCUGCUGAUAACCUGGCAGCCCCCAGCCAACCAUGCCCAGAUAUCUGGCUACAAGCUCUACUACCGAGAGGUGGGUCUAGAGGAGUCCAGCAAAGAAAGCCCUUUGGAUGGUCCUGAAGAUGAGAGCUGGGACGUGGGACCCAUAAAACUGAAGAAGAAAGUGAAGCAAUACGAGCUGACUCGACUAGCUCCUGGGAAGCUCUAUGAGGUGAAGCUGGUGGCGUUCAAUAAGCACGAAGAUGGUUAUGCAGCAGUUUGGAAGGGCAAAACAGAAAAGGCACCUGCAACAGCAGUAGAUCCCCCUGUGCAGAAGGGUCCUCCGCUGCCUCCAGUCCAAGUCUAUGCAGAGUCCAACAGCUCAACUUCCAUUUGGCUCAGGUGGAAGAAACCUGACUUCACAACAGUCAAAAUUGUCAACUACACCGUGCGCUUCAGCCCCUGGGGCCUGAAGAAUGCAUCUCUUGUUACUUACUACACAAGCUCGGAUGAAGACAUUCUCAUUAGUGGGCUGAAGCCCUACACCAGGUACGAGUUUGCGGUGCAGUCCAACGGGGUGGGGAUCGACGGGCCCUUCGGCAGCGUGGUGGAGAGGUUCACCCUUCCCGACCGUCCCUCGACUCCUCCCUCUGACCUGCGGCUGCACCCGCUCAACCCCUAUGCUGUGCAGGUGCACUGGUGCCCCCCUGCUGAGCCCAAUGGCAUCAUUGUGGAGUAUCUCAUCCUCUACAACGCCAACAACACGCAGCCAGAUGACAUGUGGACCUUGCUGACACGAGAAGGAAAUAUCUUCAGCACUGAAGUGCACGGCCUGGAAAGUGAUACCAGAUACUUCUUCAAGAUGGGAGCGAAGACAGUGGUGGGAUCUGGUCCCUACUCAAACGUCAAGGACGUGCACACGCUCCGGGAGAAGCUCUCUGAUGUUUUGGAUAUCCACUCUGUCACGGGGAUCAUCGUGGGAGUCUGCCUGGGGCUGCUCUGCAUCCUCUUCUGCAUGUGUGCCAGCUUCCGCAACAGCAAGCAGAGGGAGGCCCUGCCGGGCCUGGAUUCCCAGGCAGCUGGCAACCACUACUACCACCGGAGCAGGCAAGGGCUGGCAGCUCCCAGUGCCACCUUGGACUCGCAUGAGCUGGAGUCCCUCAUGUCCCCACUCGCAGAGGAUGUGUCCCUGCCCCUGGGGGACAUCACGGAGCUGACAGAAGUGCACAGCCUGAUCCACACCAGCCUCCCCGAGGACGUCGUGCACGGGAAGAGGAAGUCUUCAUGGACUAAACCAGGCAGCCAGCCCUGGACAAACAGCAUAGCCAGAUAUGGGGACUCGAUCACCAAAGAGCCUCUCUCUGCUGUGAACGGCUCGCUGAAGCUCCCUCCCAGCGCGGGACAGAAGCUGUUCUUACAAGCUCUGGUCUACGAUGCCAUGAUGAAUGAAGCAAAGAAAAACCACCCUCCAGCCAGCCUCCACCAAGUGGAAGCUGAGGUCAUCGUGCACUCUGAUUUCUCAGCCUCUGACAGAGACUACGACUCGCAGCUGCACACCCUGGAGAGCGACGAGACGGAAGCCGAGGACCAGGAGCCCGAAGAGCUCCCGUCGGCAGAGCUGGCUCUGUGCAGCCCUCCCAGCCCCCAGCAGGACACCGGCCCGGCGGUGGUGGGCUGCACGGGGGGCCCCGAGGUUGGGGCUCAGGAGGAGCCCUCAGGUACCGACAGAAAGACGAACCAGAGAGAGGCCGUUUGUGCCCCUGGGCUCACCAACGGCUUCCACGGGCACCGGGAGAGCCGGGAUUCGGUGGAGAGCGGAGACUCGGACUCCCUCCAGGAAGGCAGGGGGGAUGUGCAGCCUGUCAAGGGCCAGUCACUUUCGCUGGCCCUGGAGGAGGCCCCCCUCUGUAGUGACUCUGGUUUAACCAGUUCAUCCUCAGCAUCUGAGAACGUGGCGUGUGUCCACAGUCAUUGA